AGAUAAAUUUAUUUAUACGUUAUCGAGUGCAUAAAAAUCUCAUGAAUCGACAAUCCUCAUACUUUCUGGUAAAAAAUCAACUCCAUUUUCGGAAAGCCCAACAAACAAAAAUUGAGAGACGUGCAAGCAACUAAGCAAGCAUACAACAAAACUUUUGCUCACAACUGAAAAACUAACCUUCAAUUUUACCCAAAUCCAGAAAAAUAAAAAUAACUUCUUACAAAUCAAAACAUUUCAAACAAAUUAAACCAACAAACCAACCAACCAAGACACCAUAUUCUAUUCUCCCACAAUUAUGCCUCCAUCAACACCUCCGUCAUCCCCUCUUCCUCCCAUCAUCCCCGAUCCUUCCGACACCGCUUCCUCCGAGCAUCGCCUUCACGAGGCGGAGGAGCGCCUCAAGGAAGCCAUCCAAGAGCUCCAGCGUCGCCAGCUUAGUCGUGCCGCUACGGCUGCAGCGCGUAGACCUCACUGCCCUCCCUGCGAUCACCCUGAUGACUCCUGUGUUGCUCACGCCAUUGGUAAUCUCUGUCAGAGCUUCCUCCUCUCUUAUGGCGUUCGUGUCGGUAUUGGCAUUCUUUUGCGCGCCUUUAAGCUUGCUCGUGGUCAUUCUUACUCUUCCCUCCUUGAUCUUAAGCAACUUGUCUCAGAAAAGGAUCUGAUUGUUAGAGAGGAAGCUUGUCGUGUUGGGUUGGUUUUUGGUGGUUUAACUGGAUCCUAUCAUGCCCUGAGAUGUAUACUGAGGAAGUUGAGAAGAAAAGAAACUCCUUUCAAUGCAAUCUUAGCAGGCUCUAUUGCAGGCUUGUCAAUCUUAGCAUUAGAUGAUCCCAACCAAAGGCGUACUCUAGCUCUGUAUCUUUUGGCCAGGCUGGCUCAGUGUACUUACAACUCUGCUAAAUCCAAGAACAAAUUUCAUCUAUGGGGAAGCCACUGGAGACAUGGUGAUUCUUUACUUUUUGCUUUAUCUUCUGCGCAGGUCAUGUAUUCAUUCAUAAUGCAUCCUGAGAGCUUACCAAAAUCCUAUCAAGAUUUUAUUCAGAAAACAGGGCCAGUGGCAAAACCUGUAUACAAGGCUGUCCGGGACUGUUGUAGAGGAAGUGCGGUGGAUGUGGCCUCAUUGUCAAAAUACUUGUCAAGUAGAGGGGUCCAAAAUUCAGUGUCUCUGGAAGAGUUCCCUUCCAUAAUUCCCUGUUCCAUCAUUCAUCCAAAUACCCAGUCAUGUUUAGCUCAUGAUAUGAAAGCAGCAACAACUACUUUUAAAAAAACCUUUCCUCUCUAUUUCUCGCUGACCUUUGUACCUUAUGUGGUUCUGCAUCUACAAAAGUUCUUGGAAACACCAGCUCAAACUUGUUGGCGUGCUUCAAAAGAGGCUGUUCGCUCAACUACAUUCUUGUCAGCAUUUGUUGGGAUCUUUCAGGCGUUCAUUUGUUUGCAUAGAAAAGUGGCGUCACAAGACCACAAACUUGUAUAUUGGCUCUCAGGUGGACUUGCUGCCCUUUCUGUGCUGUUUGAAAGAAAAAGCAGGCGGAGUGAACUUGCCUUGUAUGUUCUUCCGCGUGCUGGAGAUUCUUUAUGGUACAUAUUGGUUAAUCGCCAUUUACUUCCAAAUAUUAAGAAUGCUGAGGUGGCUUUAUUUUGUGCUUGUAUGGGCGGGAUCAUGUAUUAUUUAGAGCAUGAGCCGGACACGAUGGCUCCAUUUUUGCGGGGCAUAUUACGCCGCUUCCUGGCAAGCCGAAUUAGUAAUCCUAGUCCUCCACCAAAUCGUAAUGCUUCAUAUGCAUAUUUACAGGCUUUUGAGGCCAUGGAAAAGCCAAAUAUGCAGGAGAAAGAAGCAGCUGCAGAGACGGCUUCUGCCAAGUAUAAUCUUGAGGCUAUCUCAGGGCUCUGAGAACUUAAAGAUAAUAACCUAGCUGUUGAUCCUUUGAUUUUUGAACAUAUUAUUUAAGCCAUCUGUGCUACUAUGAUGUAAGGUCUGAUGCUUGAGUUAGUAUUCCAGCAUCUCGUUGAUUAGCUAGCUAUUUAGAGUUAUCUCUUCCACUUUUUCUAAUUCUUCUAACCAUAGUACAGUUAACGGUCCAAAAGUGGAAGGGGUUUCAUGUGCAUGAACGAUGACAUCGGGGAAUGAUCUAUGUUGAUUCUUAUGAUAGGUUAUUUUUUUCCAAUGCAACCCGCUCUAUAGCAAUUAGAGUUGGCGAAUGUAUUGUGUUGUGUCUUGCUCAUAUUUGUAUUUAAAGAUAAACAAGUUGAGUUUCCUAAGCGCUAACUUAUGAGUGCCGUGUCGUUUUGUGUUGAUCCGUUUAGUUAAAUGUGUUGAAAACCCUCACAUGUUUUUCGUGGUUAGUCCGUGUUGUAUUGUAUUAUGUUAAAAAAGUCGGUCUUGUUUAAAAGAGUUAUCACCAAUUCAAUAAAUUAUUGGUUUUAUAUUCCUAGAUAGGUUGAGUCGUAUUUGUGAAAUGUUGGAAAAGUGGGUCAGUUUGUAAAAUGGGUCAAUGCAUUGUAAUGUAAUAGUAUAUAAGUUCAAUUUUUGAUUUUUCUUAUACCGUAUCUAAGAUAUGCAAUUAAAUUGUGGUUUCCUUUUCGCUCUUA